UAGAUGUUUGACAUGUGAGAAAACAUUUAUUCAAAUAUCUCAUUUAAAGUAUCAUUUGUUUACACAUUCUGGGAUGUGUCCUUACAAGUGCACUACAUGUGGAAAAUCUUUCAAAACCACCAGCCUUUUGAAGAUACAUGCAUUGGUUCACACGGGAGAUCGACCUCAUCACUGCCCUACAUGUGGAAAAUCAUUCAAAUCCAAGGGAGAUAUGAAUAAACAUACUUUGGUUCACACGGGAGAGCGAACUCACAAGUGCACUACAUGUGGAAAAUCAUUCAAAUCCAAGGGAGAUAUGAAGAAACAUACUUUGGUUCACACGGGAGAGCGACCUCACAAGUGCACUACAUGUGGAAAAUCAUUCAAAUCCAAGGGAGAUAUGAAGAAACAUACAUUGGUUCACACAGGAAAUGGACCUCAUAAGUGCACUACAUGUGGAAAAUCCUUCCAAACCAGUAAAAAUAUGAAGAGACAUACAUUGGUUCACACGGGAGAGCGACCUCAUCAGUGCCCUACAUGUGGAAAAUCCUUCCGAAACAGCAAAAAUAUGAAGAAACAUACAUUGAUGAAGAGACAUACAUUGGUUCACACGGGAGAGCGACCUCAUCAGUGCCCUACAUGUGGAAAAUCAUUCAAAUCCAAGGGAGAUAUGAAGAAACAUACAUUGGUUCACACGGGAGAGCGACCUCAUCAGUGCACAACAUGUGGAAAAUCCUUCCGAAACAGCAAAAAUAUGAAGAAACAUACAUUGGUUCACACGGGAGAGCGACCUCAUCAGUGCCCUACAUGUGGAAAAUCAUUCAAAUCCAAGGAAAAUAUGAAGAGACAUACAUUGGUUCACACGGGAGAGCGGCCUCAUCAGUGCCCUACAUGUGGAAAAUCAUUCACAUCCAAGGAAAAUAUGAAGAGACAUACAUUGGUUCACACGGGAGAGCGACCUCAUCAGUGCACAACAUGUGGAAAAUCCUUCCAAAACAGCAAAAAUAUGAAGAAACAUACAUUGGUUCACACGGGAGAGCGACCUCAUCAGUGCCCUACAUGUGGAAAAUCAUUCAAAUCCAAGGAAAAUAUGAAGAGACAUACAUUGGUUCACAAAGGAGAGUGACCUCAUUAGUGCUCUACAUGUGGAAAAUCAUUCAAAUCCAAGGAAGAUAUGAAGAAACAUACAUUUGUUCACAUGGAAGAGCGAUCUCAUAAGUGCUCUACAUGUGGAAAAUCCUUUAAAUCCAAGGAAGUUAUGAAGAGACAUACAUUGGUUCACACGAGAGAUGAUUUUUACCCCUUGACGGGUUUUGGGUCGUUAAAGCACAUCAACACAUGCAUAUUUAAAACUUGUCAAGCCAUUUAAUAACCUACAACAUUGUAGCAGUAUUUUUUUUGCCAAGCAGCUUCUUUUUCCUAUUGAUUCCCUUUUCUUUAAAUUGUUAUCUACUUGAGAAUUGUAUUUCGGCCAGAAAUUAUAUCACAACGUCUACGAUGAAAUAGACUACAAAAGACAAAAGAGACUUGAUAGGCACAACAUUUCUAAUACUUAUAGUUCGCAAACGUAUGGUUUUUACUAUCUAAUAAUGCUCUGUGGCUAAUGAAAUGGCAUAAUAUACAACAUUGAAUGACACCCCUGGUAUCUCUUCUUUUGGAAGAACCUUUAAAUAGUAUUAAAAUUGUAUUGGUGGAUCUUUAAUGGUUAAAAACUUCCG